AUGAAGUUCGGCGAUACUCUCUACCAGAGAUCAGUACCUAAGUGGGCUGCGUAUAACUUCAAAUACAAUGAAUUAAAACACCUGAUAAAGACAAGGACCUCCGCCGGCUUUGCCGUGCCUCUGGACAUCCCUGCUCAGGGCAAAAGCCGUUGGCAAGAGCUGGACAAUCAAUUGCUGAGGCUGUUACAGGGAGAGUACGACAACGUUACUCUGUUCCUUCGGAGCAAGCAGGGCGAAAUUGACCGUCGAGUCGCCCACCUUGAGAAGCAGGUCAAGAUCGCUGAACAUGCCGUUGAUGAGAACCACCUCGACCGCCCAAUUCUGCAAGCCAGAAAAUACCAGCGCUUGGUCAAGGACGCCGAAGACAUCAGUGAUGACAUCCAGAACCUCGCCCGUUUCGCCGCCGUGCAGAAGACGGCUUUCCGUAAACUCCUCAAGAAGUAUCGCAAAUGGACUGGCUCCACCGAUCUCCAGACUAGGGUCGACGUUGAGGUCUUUUCCUCCGAGAAACUACGGACCGACUACUCGGAUUAUCAGGCACAGAUCACCGAACUCUCAACCAUUCUGACCGACGAAUUGGCCGCUCCGAUGCUGACCGGCAAAUCCACGAAUCCCUCGUCGGAACGAAACCGUCUCUCCACUCAAUCACUUAAGAAGUCCAUUGUCGGUCAGAUUAACGAGGCUGCUUUACGUACUCCUCUAGCUUUUGAUGCUGCCGUUUUGACCAUCCCGUAUGGAGAGGCCGCCGGCAGUGCCAUCUACUGGAUCCAUCCCGAUAACCUUGACGAGGCUCGUACGCUGUUGCUGAAAUACAUGCGUGAUGCAUCCACUGCUCCUCCUCGUGCCAAUUCUUCACUAUCAAUUGCUUCUCAAAGGCGGCCAUCUGCCCUGUCUACGUCUGCCGAUGAUUUGACCCACGCCAUCUUCUUUGAUAAUGCCCAAAGAUUUGUCAAGGACUCCAGCCAGUCGCGACCAACUCGCAUUGCUCUAAGUGCCCAUUGGAGUCAAGAGCCAGAAGCUGCCGUCACCCUGGCUGGUCUGUCUCCCAGUUCAGCUGGCUCGACCAUCUUGACCAUCAAAACAAAGGACUUAUCUUCUGCUCUGCAACGCGAGUCAAGCCCUCCUAAGCAGUCAUAUGAAGUCUCAGCAAUCCGCAACUACUUGACCGAGCAUCGCGACGUCAAGCCCCUGGCCGAGAUUUCUUCCGUUCGUUCUCGCUAUUUUGGCAUCACCAAUUCAGCUGACGUUGCCAAUUGGGCCACUCUUGAUUCGUCCCUGACCGUCACCCCCGUAGACAUCGCUCACCUGGAGGAUCCCACCCAUCACCCAAACACCGGUGACGCUUUCCCCUACGCCGUUUUGCACAUUCGUUGGGAGUUCGCACGUACCCCUGCCGUGGUCCGAACAUUCGACAGCUCUCACCUGGCUGAACGCAUCUAUGACUUUACUCUAGAGAACAUGGCAAUCCACACCGUCCAAAGGCACCUUCCAGAGCCCUCUUGGCACUGUCUUCUUGACAAAGAUAUCAGGAAAGUCCCAAUAGCUCCUGGCAAGAACAGAUCUCGACUUUCGAGUCGGGCCAACCCUAGCCAAACCGACAUGUCUGGCAUCUCAUCAGGUCCAUCCUCUACCGAUGGUAUUGCUGCCAGUAGUAUCUUCUCAGCCCCCCAACGACGGCUCUCGUCUGUGACAUCAGACGAUCACAUCACUAGCAGUGAGAUCUCCGACCCAUUCCAGCCGACCACCUCACCCGCCAUUGGCCGGAAAAAGAAGCGCGCUCGUCUCUUGCUCCCCAAACCUGAUCCACCGUCACAACGGUACUGGAAUGAGUUCGACGAUGGUGAUUCCGAUGUCAACCCCGACGAUCGGUAUGCUAUAUAUGUUGAUCCAGACGCUCCUCUCUUCCCUGGUACCGAGACCGUCUCAAAGACGUUUGCGGCCAUGUAUGCCAGCCUUAGUAAGGGCACGAGCCGAGCCGCUUCGUGGUUCCCGCUCGGCGUCAAGUUGUGGGACAAUCAAUCAUCUCCCGAACGGGCACCACUGCUUGGAGACCAAAUGUUCGGCAAUGACGAUGCCAAUGGCGAUGGCGACUCGUCUGGUUCGGACACCGAUGAAUUUCUCAUUCCACGGCCCCAUAAGCCCAAAUCGUCUUGGAGGACAGCUUCUCACGGAUCCGGCUCAAGGUCGAUGUAUCGUCCAUAUCAAGUGCUUACCCCACGACAAAAGGCUCUUGAACGAACCCUUUGCCUUUUUUACGGCUUUUUGAUUGCCGUUUCUGGUAUUCUACUAGCCAUGUCCGCCGUUCUAUUGGGGACAGGCCGUAGAAAGGCUGUGGUCGAAGUCGAUGCCGGUGUUGUUGCUGGCGUGAUAGCUGCUGAGGCCUGUGCUGUUGGCGCUAUUGUCUUGAUAAUGUUGAGAAAACAAAGACUCAGCAUAUUGCACUGGGGCAUUGUUGGCGCCUCUGUUGCAACUAUUGUCAUCGUUGGAGUAUCUCUCUUAGCGUUGAUGUUUGCUGAAAUCCACAACGCCGCUGAGCGGAAGAGCUCAGCGCCUGGACAUUAG